UGUGGGAAGUCCGCAGACCGGCCAAUGGGCGGAGCUUCUCCUCAUAAACCGCGCCCACAGGCCCAUGAUUGAAAUCAGGUCCGCGUGACUUCCGCCUGCGCUCUCUUUACAUUGGCUGCUCGAGCUGUCUCGUCAAAAUGUCCGGAAGCCAAUUUCCCGAGACCACGCCUACGCGUGAAUGCCAUUGGCCAGUUCAUUCAUCGGUUUACUUUUGUUAAUAAAAAGAGUCAAUCGGCAGUAUUUCCUCGUGUGCGCGUGAAACCAGCCAACAGCGUUAUGUGAUUGGUCAGUGCAGUCACAUGACGACCACCCACACGGAGCUGUCUGUGGAUUGUGGCGGUGCUGCGUUUGCGGACGUGAAGUAACGCCCAGGACACCGUAUUACAUACCUGAGAUCUUCAACGUCGUUUUGAAAACAAUUCCACUGUUCGGUAUUUUGAACUAAGUAAAUAUGUGUUGUGUAACACGUAAACGUAAUACGGAAUAAAUACUAAUGAUAAAUUCAACCUUUGUUAAUUUGGAUACUUCAAUUUCAGUGCUAUUGUUCUAUAAUUGGGUACUUAUCAAAGUUAUUGUGAACAAUAAAAAACGUAAGAAUGAUUUAAAAUGUAUUUUACGACCAUUUUCUGACUCUUGAGAAAAUACAAACAAGCAAAUUGUAAGGAAAAUACUGUACUAUCUAUAGUGCUAAUAACUUAUUAUUUCAAAUCCUAAAACUCUUUCAGCUAAUUAUAUUCAAUGUCUACCUGGACAAUGUAACUUUUAUGCACCUUAUCAAAAAUAAUAUAUAUAGCAAUAAAAACGUAUGUUAAUUCAACAUAAUAAUAAUAAUAGCUUAAUUCAACAUGGGUAAAAAUAAUAACAACUUAGCUUAAUUUAACAUAAAUGAUAUAGUUAUAAAAAGUGUAACCUGAAUAUUAAUGCCUCAAGCAUUUAACAGUGAUUUGCAGUUGCUAAGUUCUACUGUGUAUCAAACAAAAACUUGUCCCUGAGCUUUAGAAAUAUUAGCCUUGAAUACAUCUGUUGGCUGUGACUGCUUUUAUGUACAGUAUAUAAGUAUAUGUCAUUUAGUUGAGAGACUGUGUUGGACCUUUGAAUACUUCAGUCAUUAAUAGGUGAGGCCUUUUGUUUACUCAAGCGGGUGGAGACAAAAAGAGUAACCAGGGAGGGGCAUUUACCACAGAUAGGGGCGAGACACACGGUGGGGUAAAGUGUACUAAGCCUGCCAUAGGAAAGUAAUAAUAGCAAAAAAAUAGAAAUAAAUUCUAAACCAUGAGUUCUGAAGCAAGCGGGGUAAAAGAAAAUGCAGUUGGUUCAGUUUCAGCAAACAAGGAGUGGAAGUGCCCCUUGGGGGAUGGACACAUCCACGGCGAAGAUGUGAGAAAGGUUUGGAAAGAGUGCCAAGAGCAAAGUUUCUGGUACAGAGCUCUUCCCUUCUCUUUGAGCAGCAUGGCCAUCACUGGGGCUCUCAUCUACACUGAUAUUUGGAAAAAGUCAAAGCGAUUUGGUCCCUUUCCAAAACUAGCAGUGGCUGGAAUCCUCGGUUAUGCAGUGGGUAAAGCAUCUUAUGUGAGCACCUGUCGUCGCAAGUUCCAAGAGCUUGGGAUUGGACCGAUGUUUGGACCUUGGGCCGGUCCUGGACGCAGAUCCUGUCAACAUGUGUGUGAAGAGUGUAAGAAAAAAUCAGGAGCUACACCAGCAGAGUAAAAGAAAAUGCAAGAAGUGCAUUUGCCAUCUCUCGGUAUUUAAAAGAAGAUUGCAAAUGUAGUUACAAAACUUGAAGAUAUGCAACACAAAAUGUACACAAAAUGUGUGUGUAUUCUACAUUUUUAGCUUUACUAAAAGGUUCUCAAUAAUGACAUGGGAUGCUGCUUAAAUACAAUACUUCAUGACUCUCAAAUAAUUAUAACUAAUUUAAUAACUAAUUAAGACUUAGUGUGAUUUUUGAUUGGUGUUUCAUUAAAAAAAUACAGUAUUUUAUCUUUCUGUAUAAAUACUGUAUGUUGUUUUUAGGUGUUGUGGUGCAUUUGUAUUGUGUUUACAUUAGUGGUCAAUGAAUAAAAAACUAGAUAUAAUGUCAUAGGUUUAUUAUUUAGUUUAAUUAAGGUAAUUCGCAUUUUAAUCAUGUUUUCCUUUAGGUAAUUUCUACUUAUUGACCUUAUCCUCAUAACGCCAAAAAGUAUCAUAAGUGAUACAUACGUUUUUUUUAGACAUCUACAUCAGUGUAAUUAUUUUUUUCCUAAAAUACCUGGUGUAUCAGAUCAGAUGCAUGCAUUAAACGUAUAAUUUACAUGAGGGCAGUAAUUAACUAAUUAGAGGACUGUUCAGUGAUCCUGCAAGAUUGCCACAAAAAAGACACUAGAAACACUUGAUUUGUUAAGAGAAACUUUGCCAGAUUUUUUUUUACUGACACAUCAGUAUGAACAGUUAAUCCGUUGAUGCAAUGCAAAAUUACCUAAUAAUUCAUAAUAUAUGUUAUAGCUAAACUGUUGAAAAUGUGUGUAUCAAAUUUGAAACAGCUGGCAUACAAGGUAAUGUGAAUCUAUAAAUUAGGCAAUUGACAUUUUAUUGCAUUUCAUGCAUUAUAAUUACCAUUGAGCAACAUACAGUUUUCAGACUUUACAAAUAAACAAAUAUAAUGUUUACAUUAAACAAUAUGGUACAUUUAGUGGUCAAAUCUAUAUAACCAAUUUGCGAUUGUUUUGUGGUGAUUACUAAGUGUGUGUGUGUUGCAACAAUCAAUUAUAGCUUCCUGAUUUUUAUGAGGAACAAAAUCACAUUAAAAAUACAUGUUAAUUUUAUUAGAUGGCAAAUAAUCAAAACAUUAAAAAAACCUAUAAAAGUGAUUAAAAAAAACAAAAAACUUGAAUUCAAGUGAUAUGGAGCAGCUGGGGGAAGAUGAAGACAAAUGUCCUUUUUAUGUUUGGAAAUAAUAUUACCGUAUUUCUCGGAUUAUAAAUCGCAGUUUUUUUUCAUAGUUUGGCCGGGGGUGCGAUUUAUACUCUGGAGCGACUUAUGUGGAAAAUUAUUAACACAUUACCGUAAAAUAUCAAAUAAUAUUAUUUAUCUCAUUCACGUAAGACAGUGGUUCUUAACCUUUUUUCAGUGAUGUACCCCCUGUGAACAUUUUUUUAAUUCAAGUACCCCCUAAUGAAAAAAAGAGAUAAAGAAGUAAAAUACAGCACUAUGUCAUCCGUUUCUGACUUAUUAAAUUGUAUAACAGUGCAAAAUAUUGCUCAUUUGUUGUGGUUUUUCUUGAACUAUUUGGAAAAAAAGAUAAAAAUAACUAAAAACUUGUUGAAAAAUAAACAAGUGAUUCAAUUAUAAAUAAAGAUUUCUACACAUAGAAGUAAUCAUCAACUUAAAGUGCCCUCUUUGGGGAUUGUAAUAGAGAUCCAUCUGGAUUCAUGAACUUAAUUCUAAACACAAAAAAAGAAAUCUUUAACAUCAAUAUUUAUGGAACAUGUCCACAAAAAAAUCUAGCUGUCAACACUGAAUAUUGCAUUGUUGCAUUUCUUUUCACAGUUCUUUUUGACAGACAUUUUUAAAAAAUCUCACAUACCCCUUGGCAUACCUUCAAGUACCCCCAGGGGUACGCGUACUUCUAUUUGAGAACCACUGACGUAAGAGACUAGGCGUAUAUCAGCAAUCGUCACACACACACACGUCAACCGUUAUUUAUGCGUCAUAACUUGUUGUUCACUAUUCUUUAUUUAUUUCAAAUUGCCUUUCAAAUGUCUAUUCUUGGUGUUGGAUUUUAUCAAAUAAAUUUCCCCAAAAAAUGCGACUUAUACUCUAGUGCGACUUAUAUAUGUUUUUUUUCCUUCUUUAUUAUGCAUUUUCGGCCGGUGCGAUUUAUAAUCCGAAAAAUACGGUACAUAUAUUACUGUGUUGCAUUGUGUUUUGGUUAUACAAGUGAGAUAAAAAAUAAUAUUAUGUGACCGGUUGUGUCAAAUAUGAUGAAAAAUGAAAAUCAUACAUGGAAAUUGAUUUUUGUAAAAGAAAAUG